AUGGAGCCCAACACCCAAAAUCGAGGAAGAGAUGUCCUAGUGAAUCAUACCGUUCAGAAGCGUUCGAAACACAUCCCAAAAUUUGAGACUCUGCAAGUCCACGCAGGGCAAACUCCGGACUCUGCAACGCUGGCACGUGGAGUACCGAUUUACUCAACCUACGUCUUCAACUUCCAUAGCUCAGCCCAUGCUGCGCGACUCUUCAAUCUCGAGGAGGAGGGUGAGAUUGCGACUCGCACGGGUAACCCAACUACAGCCGUGGUGGAACGUCGUGUCGCAGCACUGGAGGGCGGCGUUGCGGCCGUUGCUGUAUCGUCAGGCCAAGCAGCUGUCUUCAUGACUAUGGUUGCUUUGGCUGGGCAUGGCGAGAACAUCGUCGCAACGAAGCAUUACUACCACGGCGCCUACAAUCAGUUCUCUUUCCUCCUACCGGAGUUCGGCUUUGUACUCGGUAUUGAGACUCUGAGCUUGCGCUGCGAGCGGCACGCCCAAAACACCAUUGCUCUGGCAAACUGGCUUGAGAAAAACGAGAAUGUGGUAUGGGUAUCAUAUCCCGGUCUUCCCAGUCACCCUCACUACAAGCUUGCGCAGAAGCACCUACCCCGUGGGGCUGGCGCAGUGCUCAUGUUUGGUAUCAAAGGCGGAGCGGAUGCUGGCGAGCAGCUGGUUGACAACUUCAAAAUGAUCUCGAACAACCCAGGAUAUGGCGACGCCAAAACGACUGCUAUGCAUCCCUGGUCGACAACACACAGGCCAAUGCUACCACAGGAGAAGAUCGAUCUUGGUGUUGCGCCGGAAAUGGUCAGGGUGUCAGUUGGCAUCGAGCACAUUGACGAUAUCAUACACGACAUUGAAGAGAUUGCCGGAAUCACCAUCGUCAUCAAGGUCGUCUAUGUCGUGGGAAGUCUUGCUGAAUCGUGCUAUUCCAUCAGGAAGGAGCUUGACUAUCUCGUCAACGAGAUGUGA